AUGACCACUCGGCCACGGCGAGUCGACGCUCUACUGGCCGAGGCCCUCGAGAGUUCAGGCACCCGAGCGCGCGGCGGUAACGGCGCCAAGAACCCGAGCGCAGGCAUGCAGCUGCUGCUGCGGCUGCGGAUUAUGUUCGCCGAGUCGGCCAUCCCCGGCCUUCGCGUCAUCCUCGGCCUGUCUCACCCGGUGCGACGGCUCGCCUGGACGGCUGCCUUGGCAGCGCUUGUGUACGUAGGCCUCAACGACCUCUACAUUGUGUUCAGAGAGUACUUCGAGUACGCCGACACAGUCGACGUCAUGUGGGCCAGAUCACCCGAAGGAAUGGCGCUGCCUGCUGUUACGGUUUGCAACGUGAAUCAGUUACGCGAGGACAACGCUACGCAGCGCGAGGAGUUCCACAAGUGGAUCGCCGAACUGCAGCGGCGGAACGAGACGACGGCCAAGUUGCUGGGUCAUCAGAGGGAGAACAUGGUUGUCAGCUGCCUGGUCGGCGGGAAAGACUGCAACACUCCCGAGCAUCUUCAAGUGAAAGUUUACGGCCCUUACGGCAACUGUUUCUGUCUGGGCUGCAACCUCAGUGCAGAAAGAGAGAAGAUACAGACGGCCUACAGUCCCGAUCAAGGUGUCCGCCUGCUACUGAACCUGGAGUUGAACGAGUAUCUUCCUCACACAACCGAAGCGGGCUUCGUCGUCAGCGUCCAUCAGCCGGGAGUGCAGGUCGACUUCCGCGACAGCAUUUUCUUGCUGCCUUGCCACACAACAAUGAUCAGCGUUACGCAGUCUAUUUACUUUCGGCUGGAGCCUCCGUACCGUAACCCGUGUCAGCGAGGCUUCCCCGAAAAAUACCGUGAAUAUAUUCCCCAAGAUAGAGUGUACACGAGAAAGGCUUGCAGGCAGAUUUGCGCCCAGCUGCAUGUGAUCGCUGCUUGUGGAUGCCAGUCACAUGACUACGACACGGUCGACAGGUCGCUGUCUGACAUAUGCAAUGAAGACGACGAGGAACUCAGGUACCAGUCUAUAACAGGCAAGGAGGAGAAUUCAAACGUCCCCAAGCUGGUCAAGGGAGAGCUCACGGUUAUCGAACACGACACCCAAGUCAAGGAUAUUGAAAACGUCCCCGUAGAACUAAUUCCACCACGUAAGACGCCCGACAACAUCUUCGUACUCAACGUCUAUAGCAGUCCGAGAUGCCGCAAACACCGCUUUCACGUCCUCUUCAAACGAGCGCUCGAUAUCGCCCAGGAGCAACAACUCUUCAUUGGAGGCGACUUCAACGCGGUGCAUACGGCGAGGGGUUACAAACACGAUCAGCCGAAAGGCAGGCAUUUGUGGGAAACGGCGCAACUCGCCGGACUCGAGCUGGUCACUGACAUAGCGGCACCAACUAGGCAGGGUAACAGCGUCAGCACUGACACCACGCUGGACCUUGCCUUUCCGUGCAAUAAAGGAAAGGUGACUUGGAGAAACACCAUGCAAGACUUGGGCAGUGACCAUUACAUUAUAUUUAUAGAAGCAGAAGGCGGCCCACAGGAACACAAUGCCGGUCGCCAAAUGAAGAUCACCAAUUGGGAACUACUACGACAAAAUCGAGACAAGCAACAGAUUGAAGACAGGAAAGACAUUGAGCAAUGGACCGACCAACUUCGGCGGAACAUCGAGAGGGCGACGCAAAUGAUGCCGCCAACAGCUGGGCUUGAUACGUAUCAAUAG